CCCUUCACAAGACAUACACCAAAACCCCGUUUCUUGCUCCCCAAAACCUCCUCUUAUACCUCAACAAAAAUAUCUCCAACUCCAACCGCCUUUCAUUUUUUGCUUUGCUAAACCCUCCUUUUUUGAUAAACCCUCCUUCCAUAUUACCAAAAAAUGAACAGCCUUAUACUCUUGAAAAAGUCUUCUUCUUUACAUGCUUCCAAAAGGGUUGCUCUUAAUGCCCUCACCCAUCUAUUCUUUUCCGGAAAUGCCCUUCCAACUACCCAAAAUAACAGUUUUGUCACUACUAGUACUACUAAAUCAAGAACUGAGAAAUGGGUUGAUGGUAAAUUUGGGGUUUGUUCUUCUGUAAGAGGGUUUCAUUCUGGUGGUUAUUUGCAAGCUGGAUAUGCAGUAGCGGAUUUACCUGAAGAUGAUGAAGGACUUGAGAUAUCGAAGCUUGGUAUUUCUCAAGAGAUCGUUUCUGCUUUGGCUAAAAAAGGAAUUACUAAGCUCUUUCCUAUUCAGAAAGCUGUUCUGGAACCAGCAAUGCAAGGAUCCGACAUGAUUGGUCGAGCUAGAACUGGAACUGGGAAGACACUAGCUUUUGGCAUUCCCAUCAUGGAUAAGAUCAUUCGCUUCAACGAGAAGCAUGGACGUGGAAGGAAUCCCUUGGCUUUAGUCUUGGCGCCAACAAGAGAACUUGCGAAGCAAGUGGAUAAAGAAUUUUUUGAGUCUGCUCCUGGUCUGGAUACACUGUGUGUUUAUGGUGGUGUUCCCAUUUCACGCCAAAUGAGUUCCCUUGACAGGGGAGUAGAUAUUGUUGUGGGAACGCCAGGUCGGAUUAUUGAUCUGCUGAAGAGGGGUGCUUUGAAUUUGGCAGAAAUCCAGUUUGUUGUUCUAGAUGAAGCUGAUCAAAUGCUUAAUGUGGGGUUUGCGGAGGAUGUUGAGACCAUUUUAGAAAGUGUUCCGCAGAAGCAUCAGACAAUGAUGUUUUCAGCCACAAUGCCCGGUUGGAUAUUGAAAAUUACCAACAAGUUCCUGAAGAAUCCACUUCACGUCGAUCUUGUAGGAGAUUCUGAUCAGAAAUUGGCUGAUGGGAUUUCCUUGUUUUCAAUUGGUUGUGAGAUGCAUCAGAGACCAGCAAUUCUUGGAACUCUGAUAACUGAGCAUGCAAAAGGAGGGAAGUGCAUUCUUUUUACUCAAACUAAACGUGAUGCUGAUAGAUUGUCGUAUGUAAUGCAAAAGACUUUCAAAUGUGAAGCUUUGCAUGGGGACAUCUCACAAACCCAGAGGGAGCGAACUCUAUCAGGUUUUCGCCAAGGUCAAUUCAAUGUGUUGGUGGCCACUGAUGUUGCUGCUCGAGGACUUGAUGUACCUAAUGUUGAUCUGGUGGUACAUUAUGAGCUCCCAAACUCAUCAGAGAUCUUUGUUCAUCGAUCCGGUCGAACUGGACGUGCUGGGAAGAAAGGCAGUGCAAUUCUGAUACAUUCUUCAAGCCAACAUAGGGAUGUGAAAGGUAUUGAACGCGAUGUGGGAUGCAGAUUUAUCGAGCUUCCAAGGAUAGAAGUAGAGGCUGGAGCAACAGACAUGUUCAGUGACAUGGGCAGAGGUGGUGGCCGCUUUGGCUCUUAUGGAGGCAUGGGAGGUGGUCGGUUUGGUGAUUCGGGUUCAGGUCGUUCUGGUGGCUAUGGAAAUUCUGGUGGCAGGUUUGGUGGGCAAGGCGGAUUUUCUGGUCGAACAGGCGGAUUUGGUGGAUCUGGUUCUGGACGAUCAGGAGGUGGCUUUGGUGGACCAAGCUCAGGCCGCUCAGGGAAUUAUGAUGACUCCAAUCGUCAGGGAGGAUUCGGUAAUUUUGGUGGUUCAGAUCGCAGUGGUGGUUUUGGAAGCUCAAAUAGGACUGGUGGCUUUGGAAACUUCGGGAGUUCAGAUCGCUCAUCUGGUUUUGGAGGAUUUGGCUCAGGCCGCUCUGGUGGAUUUGGUGAUUCACGUUCUGACAAUGAUAAUCGUUCAAACCGUUUUGAUGGCUUUGGAGAUGGCAAGGCUAGUGGUGACCAAGGUUCUGGGCGGAAAUUUUUCUAGUUCUUUCUGUAAGGCGUGGACACUGUGAAUAUGGCGGCUAUUGGAAAGGUCCAUGACGAGACGAAUGCGCGACUGAUGUCCAAUUUGUGAAGCAUCUGUGUUGAAUUAUCAGGCUGUGUUUAGAGUUGCAGUAUCUCCAGAUAAUAUUAUAACUCAAACGCCAUACUUAGAAUUCCAUAAGAAAUAACCAUUUAAUAUCCACUUGGUACAACCUAUAUGUAAUCUUUGGUUAUCAAGAAAGCCGCUUUUUUCUUGACCGCUAUUA